GUAUAUAAAUGAAGUAGGCUGCGAACGUCCCCCUUUUAUAACCUCAAAAAUGCGCGAGAAGGAUUACAGUGGUAAAGCGAAGUGAGCUUAUUUUAAUAAUUAAAUAGUAUUAAAGUGAACGGAGCAAUCGAUAUGCCGUCGAAGAAGAGAAAAUAUAACGCCAGGUUUCCAGCUGGACGAAUUAAGAAGAUUAUGCAGACCGACGAAGAAGUGGGAAAAGUGGCACAAGCUGUACCGAUUAUAAUCUCUCGGACUCUCGAGUUAUUCGUCGAGUCGCUCCUUAGUAAAGCCAUGCAGGUUACGAUGCAGAGGAAUGCCAAGACGUUGAGUCCAUCACAUGUCAAACAAUGUAUUUUGGGAGAGUCUCGGUUUGACUUUCUGCGAGAUUUGGUUAAAAACAUACCCGAUGUAACAGCGGCUGAAGAGCGGGAAAUGAUGAGUGGUGAGAGUUCACCAAACUCUUCUAGGUUUUCAGACACUUCAGUUCCAAGAAGGGUAGUCAGAGAAGAUUCGAACAGUUCGAGCAGCUCUGACAUCAGAGUACAACAGGUUCUAACGACGCCAAAAGAUAAUAUAAGAAGAGCUUUAUCUGUAGAAACCGACGUAAAACCCAAAAUCGAAACAGUCACCUCAGAUACGGCUAUUGAUUUAACAAGGAAAGUUGAAGAAAAACCGGUAGUUACAGCGAACUUUUACCAGGAAACCCUGAUUACUGAGGAGGUUCAACACAAAAGUGUGAUAAAAGUUAAUCCGACAUACGCGAGUCCUCAGCCGUCGACCUCGAGCUAUGCCAGUUUGACGCCAGUAGAGUCAGUACAAAGAGUCGAAAUCUUAGUGCCAAAGACCGAGCAUCCAAAGAUGUUCUACAAUGAAAAACCAAACAACACCCCCCCAAGGACACCAGUUGGAGGUCCUCGGACACCAGUCACACCAAUCCUGAACAUAGAUUUUUCCAAAAACUUAGCAAAGCCAGAAAUAAAAGUUCUGGACACAACCGUUGCUAAUAUAGUGGGCGUUCCAAAAACUGAUAAAAAAUUACAGAGGCAAAACUCUAAGACAAGUAAGGCUGAAAUUAAGAAAGCUGAAACGAAACUACAUAUCGUUCCACCUAGUGUUGAUAUUGAUCAUUUGAAUUCGGGAAAUUUACAAAUAGACGAAGACUAUGAUACCUGAAUAUGUUUGUAAGCAUGUUUUUGUUGUGCUAUGUUUUAGUGAUAUCAAAACAUGAGAUUUGUUAUCCAAAUAAUGUCGCAAAUUGAUGUUGAUUGCCUGUCAUGUGUGCUUAGUGUAGUGUACACGAUGACACUGCAUUUAAUGUUACCGAAUAGUUGGUCUAUACUGAAAUAUAAUCAAGUAAAGUCAAAUGGUAUUAGCAGACACCAGUAAAUUGAAUUAUAUUUCGGGAUAAACCCAUAACAUUGUAAUAUAAUAAAGGUAAUGUAAAUUCUGGUACUCUAAACGUUUCAGGAUUUUUUCACAUAGUAUAGGAAUUAUUAAAUGUUUUUUUCUGUUGUUACAAAAAAAUUACUACAAAUA